AUGCCCUCAGUUUGGAAAUUGCAAGCUCUACUUGAAUCAGCCUGGAGCUCUGGUUUCGAUCCUGCCGGGGCCGCUCAAAUUUCAGACGUCGUCAGGCAGGCCUCAAAUUUGAGAUCUGUCGGUGCCCCGCCCCAUCGGUCUGAGACUAACGGCCUUGUCGGCUUGGUUGACAGCACUGUAUGGCUAGGUGCUACGGAUUUGGCCGCACUGCUUGGCUCCGUUGGUGUACGCUGCUGUCUCGUCGAGUGCAUCGCCGCCAUUGGACCGCGAGGCACGCAUCCCAAUUGUGCUUCUUAUCUCGAUUUUAUUCGAGGGUUUGUCUUAUCAUCAUAUCCGCUGACUUAUGGCACCACUGACGUUUCUGCACAAUCUUAUCUUCUCUUGGAUGGGUAUGCCUUCAUUUUUUUCGCUAGCAUCGCCAUCUAG